AUGAGAAAUAUUUGUCGUUUAGCUGAUGAUUUUGGAAUUGAAUUAACUUGGAAUUACUUCGCCACCUCCUAUGGUAAGGGGGUGGUUGAUGGGUUGGGAGGUACAAUUAAACGUCUUGUCUAUAGAGCAAUACUUAGUGGACAACAAUGUAGUUCAGCAGCUCAAUUUGUAAAGAUUGCUCAAUCCAAAACAGACACUAUCAAUGUUACAGAAUUAGAAGAUAUUCAUAUUGAAAAUUCAAAGGCAAAAAUGGAAAAAUUUUUCCAAUCAAUAAAGACAGUACCAGAAACAAAAAAAAUUCAUUCAGUCAAAGUACUUCAAAAUAAUAUAAAUAUUAUUCGAAUAGUUCAACAAAAAAAACCUAUCAAUUUUUAA